CUUCUUUCUAUUUUAAUCAAUUAGCAUCUCCUAAAGUACAACAAUGGGAAUUCUCGAUCACCUUUACGACAAAUUCGAUUGCACCACCGGCCGCUCCCGCCGCUACAAGAACCGCAGGCAACUCCAGACGGUGGAGAUAAGAGUGAAGAUGGACUGUGAAGGGUGCGAGAGGAAAGUGAGGAGGUCUGUGGAGGGGAUGAAGGGAGUGAGCUCAAUCCAGGUGGAUCCGAAGCAGCACAAGCUCACCGUGGUCGGUUACGUGGACGCUGACAAAGUGGUGGCUCGAGUGGCAUACCGGACAGGGAAGAAGGUAGAGAUCUGGCCGUAUGUCCCGUACGGAGUCGUGGCACAUCCCUAUGCACAGGGGGUGUACGACAAAAAGGCUCCGGCCGGGUACGUCCGGAGGGCGGAGGAUCCGCAGGUGUACCAGCUAGCGCGCGCCUCUUCCACCGAAGUUCAAUACACCACUGCAUUCAGUGAUGAUAACCCAGCUGCCUGUGCUAUCAUGUGAUGGAAUAAUGUUCUACUCAUCAGUAAUUUACAUACUGGAGUAUAUGACAUAACCCCAACCAGCUAUCAUUCUUGGAUCAGAUGUGUUUUAUUUCAUACAAAUCUUUGAUUUAGUUCGUUUUCUUUUCAUAGUUUUAGUACUGAGGAGAAAUAGUAGUUGUGACAAAACAAACUCCUAACUAGUUUGUUUAAAAUAGUGUUCAGUUUCGUAACGGUUGAAAUUGACAACAUACCUCCCAUCUG